GUUAUCUGAAAUUUCGCCGUCUGGGUAUUGCAGAAGUCGCAGCGUUAGUUUCAUAUCCUCAUCUCCAUCUGGGGUUUCGAAGAUGGAUUCUUCAGCCACAAUCGGCACUUGCAACGUUUUCUCAGUCCGUCUCUCGCCAAUUUGCAAUCGAACUUCUACAACCAGAAUCAGUUUCGGUCAUGGGUUCCGAUCGCACCGUUGUGGGUUCACCCCAAAAAUGACGGCCGCCGUCCCCAAUGGCUCUGUUUCUUCCUCCGGUUCCCAGGGCGAAGAUUCGAGGUUAGUGAAGAAUGCUCACAAGCGCAGAAGCAGUUUGGAGUCUCUAUUCUGCUACGACAAGCCCAUACCAGAGGAGAGAAUAGAGACGCCCGUCGGCGUGGCUUUAGCGGAGAAGGCAAUCGGAGAGAAUCUCAGAUGUGCUGAUUGUGAAGCCAAAGGUGCCGUCCUGUGUAGCACCUGCUCGGGUUCCGGCUUAUAUGUGGACUCCAUUAUGGAGAGCCAAGGGAUCAUAGUUAAAGUCCGCUGCCUUGGUUGUGGUGGAACAGGCAACAUCAUGUGCUCGGAGUGUGGCGGGCGAGGUCACCUUGGAUGCAAACAAUCUUAGGUGGUUUGUUGUGCUUGCUUUUUGUGUUUGUAAACAAAGAAUUUGGCCGUCUUGUAACCUUCAUUGUAUCAAAUGGUUUUGAGUUUCUUCCACCAAUAACAACAAA